AGCCGCGCUCCUUUAAGGCUUAUGACAUCCCGGUAGACUAUCGGAACUCUAAGAAUGCAUGGAUGACCGCCAACAUUUUCAGAGAAUGGUUUCACCAUUGCUUCGUCCCUCAGGUUCAAAAGUAUUUACUACAGAAAGGAUUACCAGCCAAAGCUAUCCUUUUGCUUGAUAACGCCCCUUGCCAACCACCAGAAGAUGAACUUAAAACUGCUGAUGGAUCCAUAUUCGUGAUUUAUAUGCCUCCAAAUGUAACGCCUUUAAUUCAGCCUAUGGAUCAAAAUGUGAUUCGCUUAACUAAGUUGUAUUACAAAAAGCAUCUCCUGCUUUUAGCUGUAGGAAAGGAUGACAUCACACAAUUUCUUAAACAUUUAACUUUAAAGGAAGCUGUAUCAUUUUUAAUGCUUGCUUGGAAUCAGCUGCAGGCAAAUGUAAUAGUAAAAUGUUGGAAGCCUUUAUUAGAAUGCUUAAAUACUACAGAAGCAAAUGAAAGCGAGGAUGAAGACGAUGAUAUUCCAUUGAGCUUACUUCGUGAAAAAAUAUUGCAGGAAAAAUGUGAAGAAGUUCAUGAUAUACAGGGUCUGCUGCAAAUUGUAUUACCGGAGGUAAUUUUAUUCACCCUCUUGACAAGCACCUGUUAAUUAAGUUUGUAUGUGAACAUUAUUUGUUUUAGGAAAC